UUUACGGGUGGACAUAACAUUCCCCCGAAAAAGCGAGGAGCUAAUAUAGCUUAUCGGUUUUCCUAUGGCCACCUUCUCCAUAAGCGAGAGCCACUUACAAAUUUUAUUUAAUGUAUUUUAACCUAUUAAAAGAGUAGUGAGUAAAGUCAUCUGGCGCGAAUAUUUAAAUUUAAUUUUAUUAUUUUAAUCUCGUGCUGCAUAAUAUGCUGACGGAUGGCUAAUCUUUCUCGCCUCUCGAUUUCGCGAAGCCGUGUCGAGUGUCAGUAUUGUCUCAGUAUUGUGUCAGUAUAGUGCUCUUGUGAAAGAAACAAAGAAAAAAAAUGUACCCAAUUGGUAAGAAUUUUGAGGGAUAUGGUACUUGGUACCAGAUGGUCGUAAUGGUUCACGGGGAGAAGGACAUAAGAGCGGGCAUUGAGAUCUUGAAGGCUCUGGCACGUCCGGUGAAUCCAAGCCGGGCGUUGCUUUUGGCUUCUCGAUUUAUGGACGUGAUUGGUUCUCUUCCUCCGGAGAUCGUGGAAGCGGUGACCUUUUUCUGCCUGCAAGGCGCCGAAGGCUUAGCAGGAUCUUCGGAACUCGAGGAGAUGGUGUGCCCCAACAGCGAGGACAUCGAGCGGUUGAGGAUCGCUUUAAUUGAGGCGAUCUUCAAUGGUUUGGUCACCAUGACGUGA